UUCAUUUAAUCUGAUUCAAGCCCCUCUUUGCAAGGAAACAGACACGCUGGGCAGUCCUCAUCGCGGAAUGAAUGUAGAGAUGUUCUGUGCUAAUCUGAAGUCUCAAACUCCUGAAACAUGUUUUACAAUUGAUCUGGCAAUGUCAAUGCGUGAGGCGCAUGUCAGUGAUGAAGACAAGAGAGCUGAAGAGAAUAGGACAAACUCAGAGACCUGUACGCGCUCAGACGGGUGAUCCAUACAUAUCCCAUGGACUCCAACAUAUCCUAAAUGGACUCCAGUCGAGUCUAUAUGCUACCGAAUUGAGUUAUUUUACGCAGGGUAAAUGAUUACAUUUGUCUCUUGAGGAAAUUCAGUCCACAUAACGAAGAAAACAGAUCAAGAUUUUGCCGUCAACACUCUGGUGUUUGUGCGGCUAUUGAUUUGGGGUUCUUGGGUGCACGCACAGCUCUAACUCCACCUUGGCUGGAACCUGAGAGAAGCUGAACACUCUGUUGAAAGGACACGAUGACUCCUUGAAAAAAGUUCCACCAACCACAGCACAUGUGAAUGUCAACAUUUUCCUCAGAAGGAAAUUCACAUGACCAGUUCAUAGCUUGGAGUGCCCUAGUUGGAUGCCUUGAGGAGAUCUCCCAUUGUGUCAGACUCUCCUAAGCUUGUCCAUAAAUGCCUUGAGGCCUCUACUCUGAUUUGUGUGUGUGUGUUUGUGGAGAUGGAGGGAAUACUAGGACUUUCCUGGAUCAUGCUGGUGGUCUUGAUGGUGGCCGGUCCUGUUGAUCACGUUCAAGUGAGUGGCCAAGCCACCGAACGCCGCGUGCUGGCUUACCUCCCCGGCGACAUCAUCAUUGGCGCGCUCUUCUCCGUCCACCAUCAACCGCCGGCCGACAAAGUCCACGAGCGCAAGUGUGGCGCGGUGCGGGAGCAGUACGGCAUCCAACGCGUGGAGGCCAUGAUGCACACACUGGACCGCAUCAACGCCAACCCGCACAUCCUGCCCAACAUCACGCUGGGCUGCGAGAUCCGCGACUCCUGCUGGCACUCGGCCGUGGCCCUUGAGCAGAGCAUCGAGUUCAUCCGCGACACCCUGGUAUCCGCCGAGGAGGAGGAGAGCAACGCGCGUUGCCUCGGUGACGAGGGUUUCACGCCCAUCAGUGGCAAGAAGCCCAUCGUGGGCCUGAUCGGACCCGGGUCCAGCUCGGUGGCCAUCCAGGUCCAGAACCUCCUGCAGCUGUUCAACAUCCCACAGAUCGCCUACAGUGCCACCAGCAUGGACCUGAGUGACAAAAGCCUCUUCAAGUACUUCAUGCGGGUAGUGCCCUCGGAUGCACAGCAGGCCCAGGCCAUGGUGGACAUCGUCAAGAGGUACAACUGGACCUACGUCUCCGCCAUUCACACAGAAGGCAACUAUGGUGAGAGUGGGAUGGAGGCCUUCAAAGACAUGGCCGCCAAAGAAGGCAUAUGCAUCGCCCACUCAGACAAAAUCUACAGCAACGCAGGCGAGCCGAGCUUUGACCGGCUCCUGGAGAAACUGCGCAGCCACCUUCCCAAGGCCCGUGUUGUCGCCUGCUUCUGCGAGGGCAUGACCGUGCGUGGAAUCCUCAUGGCCAUGAGACGGCGCCACCUAGUGGGCGAGUUCCUGUUGGUGGGCAGUGACGGGUGGGCAGAUCGCCAUGACGUGACAGACGGAUAUCAUCAGGAGGCUGCCGGUGGGAUCACCAUCAAGCUCCAGUCUGCCUACGUCACCUGGUUCGAUGAUUACUACCUGAACCUGCGCCCCGACAUCAACCUAAGGAACCCCUGGUUCCCUGAGUUCUGGCAGCACCGGUUCCAAUGCAGGCUGAGCGGUCAUCCACAGGAGAACACCAAAUACAACCGCACCUGCAAUGAGAAAGAGUCCCUUCGUCAUCAGUACACCCAGGACACUAAGAUGGGCUUCGUGAUCAACGCCAUCUACUCCAUGGCCUAUGGCCUGCACGCCAUGCAGAGGACGUUGUGUCCCGGAGUCACAGGCCUCUGCAGCGCCAUGAGGCCCAUCGACGGACAGAAGCUUCUGGAAUUCCUCAUGAAGACCAACUUCACAGGGGUGUCCGGCGAGGUCGUGCUGUUUGAUGAGAAUGGAGACUCCCCAGGACGGUAUGAGAUCAUGAACUUCAAGCAGAUGAGUGACGAUGAGUACGACUACAUCCAUGUGGGCAGCUGGGACAAGUGGGGCCUGCGCAUGGAUGACGAAGAGAUCUGGAUGAACCAGAGCUCCAUCAUCAGAUCCGUCUGCAGCGAACCCUGUGAGAAGGCCCAGAUUAAGGUGAUCCGCAAAGGUGAGGUGAGCUGCUGCUGGACGUGCACACCGUGUAAGGAGAACGAGUACGUGUUCGACGAGUACACCUGCCGCGCCUGUGAACUCGGGGCCUGGCCGACCGACGACCUGAAAGGCUGUGAGCCCAUCCCUGUCCACUACCUGCGCUGGGGUGACCCCGAGCCCAUCGCCGCUGUGGUCUUCUCCUGCCUGGGCCUGCUGGCCACCACCUUCGUGACGGUCAUCUUCAUCUGGUUCCACGACACUCCGGUGGUCAAGUCGUCGAGCCGCGAGCUGUGCUUCAUCAUCCUGGCAGGCAUCUGCAUCGGCUACCUGUGCACCUUCUGCCUGAUUGCCAAGCCCCACAUGGCCUACUGCUACCUGCAGCGGCUGGGCAUCGGCCUCUCGCCCGCCAUGAGCUACUCGGCGCUGGUCACCAAGACCAAUCGCAUCGCCCGCAUCCUGGCGGGCAGCAAGAAGAAGAUCUGCACCAAGAAGCCGCGCUUCAUGAGCGCCUGUGCCCAGCUGGUCAUCGCCUUCGUCCUCAUCUUCCUCCAGCUGGCCAUCAUCGUGGCGCUCUUCGUCAUGGAGCCACCGCAGGUCAUCUACGACUACCCCAGCAUCAGCGAGGUGCACCUCAUCUGCAGUACCUCCACCACCACAGUGGUGGCGCCGUUGGGCUACAACGGACUGCUCAUCCUCAGCUGCACCUUCUACGCCUUCAAGACGCGCAACGUCCCUGCCAACUUCAACGAGGCCAAGUACAUCGCGUUCACCAUGUACACCACGUGCAUCAUUUGGCUGGCCUUCGUGCCUAUCUACUUCGGCUCCAACUACAAGAUCAUCACCAUGUGCUUCUCGGUGUCGCUGAGCGCCACGGUGGCGCUGGGCUGCAUGUUCGCGCCCAAGGUCUACAUCAUGCUGGCCAAGCCCGAGAGGAACGUGCGCAGCGCCUUCACCACCUCCACCGUGGUCAGGAUGCACGUUAAGGACGGCAAAACGGCGCAGACAGCACGCAGCUCCAGCAGCAUGGCCAACCUGUUCAGACGACGCAAGUCCGACCACGAAGUCAGUUCUAAUGGUAAGUCAGUGACGUGGGCGGCGAAUGAACGUGGCUACAGACCCAACCUGUGGAAGCGCAUCUCCAUCCACAUCAAGAAGAAGGAGGAGAUUAACCAGACGGCCAUCAUCAAGCCCUUCUCCAAGGACUGUGACGGGUCAGGUGAUGGCAGCAUGAAGAUGUCGGGUAAGGGCCAGCAGAUGGUACAGUGCCACCCGGUGGGCACCUACCGCCCCCGCUCCCCGUCCCCCCUCCCCACCAUCUCCCAGCGCACCUCCCUGCGGACUCGCGAGGAGGAGGAUGCUGCUGCGACCGCGGCGGAGGAGGAAGAGCGGCACGACCGCGUGGUGGCACUGCCCUCGUACCUGAGCGAGCGUCAGCAUGAGCAGCAGCAACAGCAGCAUCCUGCUCUCACCCUCCGUCAGCACCAGCUGCAGCAGCACCACCCUCCCCCGCAGCAGCAGCAUCCCCAGCACCAGCACCACCACCACCACCCACAGCAACAUCAGCACCAGCAGCGGACCGGCUCCCCGCCGCAGGGCUCCAUCAUGGACCAGAUCAGCUGUGUGGUGCACCGCUUCACGGCCAACAUCAGCGAGCUCAACAGCAUGAUGCUGCCUGGCAGCUCUGCGCCUCCAGGGGGCGCCACCUCCGCCAACGGCGCCGCGGCAGCUGGGGUCCUCCUGCCCUCCUCGCCCUCGCCCUCCUUCCUCAUCCAGCACGACAUGCAGCUGCCCGCCACCGUCACCACCUACGCCGAAGUGGUCGCCGUCAGUAACGUCAACCCGCACGCGCUCGGCGGCAGUCUGGCGGCGGCCGCAGCCGCUUCAGCGAACCGCAUGUCUCCCAACAGGCUGAUGAGCAACAGCACGUUCAAGUCCUCUCCCAUCUCCGUCUCUGUCUCCGCAUCCGCUUCGGCCGUCGCGGUCAAGCCGCCCGAGCUGGAGGAGCUUGUGGCGCUGCAGCCGCCGUCGCCCUUCAGAGAUUCGUCUCUGGGCUCGGCCAGCGAGUCGUCCACCUCCCUGGCCUCGCAGGCCGGCAUGGGAGAGCAGCAGCAGCCCUCCCCGCACUACGACAGGCUCAUGCUGCGACACUACAGCCAGAGCUCCUCCUCUCUCUAAAGACUACAUUUUCCAGACUGCAGAGCUCCUGCUCUUUCUAAAGACUACAUUUCCCAGACUGCAGAGUUCCUCCUGUCUCUAAAGGCUACAUUCCCAGACUGCAGAGUUCCUCCUGUCUCUAAAGGCUACAUUCCCAGACUGCAGAGUUCCUCCUCUCUCUAAAGACUACAUUUCCCAGACUGCAGAGUUCCUCCUCUAAAGGGGGAAGCCUGAGACACAGCACACAACAUAUAAAACGUUUGAUAACACAGACAAUGAGACAGACAAUGUAUUAAAGAAGAAACAGCAGGACAU